AUGCCUCGGACAUUCCUGUGGACUGAAACUUGUCAACAUGCUUUCGAAUCACUUAUUUCCAAGCUGUCAACACACUCUGUCCUGGCGUUUCCUGAUUUCACUCUACCGUUUGUUUUGCACACCGAUGCUUCAGGCGUGGGACUGGGUGCAGUUCUUUACCAAUUGCAAAGUGGCAAGAAGCGUGUUCUGGCGUAUGGGAGCCGUUCCCUUACUCAUUCGGAACAACGCUAUUGCGCCUAUCGUCGAGAGUUUCUUGCACUGAAAUGGGCAGUCACAGAGAAGUUUCGUUCUUAUCUGUACGGUAGGAAGUUUCAUGUUAUCACGGAUAGCAACCCGUUGACUUACCUACUGACGUCGGCAAAGCUUAGUGCAACUGAUCACCGUUGGUUGGCCAGUUUGUCGACCUACGAUUUUACGAUAAGCUAUCGGGCAGGGAAAUGUUGUGGUGAUGCUGAUGGACUCUCUAGAAUACCUCGGGAAGGAGAUACCCCUCGACAUGGAGAAGAAAUGACGCCAGACGCAGAGUAUCUCCGACCGUUUCUAGAACGAUUACAUGCAUCAGAGUCAGACACAGUAGUGACUUAUGUCCAGCAGGAGUUCCAAGCUCUUUGUGAUUACCAUAUUGCCUUCGAUCCCGCCAACGAAGAAACCACCUGUCCCGCCGUAGAGACGCUGGGUAUUGACGUAUCAGCUAUUGAAGCAAUAUGUAAGGAAGCAAGUCCCACUCGUGAAGGAAUUGGUGUGGACAUGAUUCCACCACUCGAAUGGCAAUUGAUCCAACGUGAGGAUCCAGAAAUUGGACGAGUAAUCGAGAUCUUGACUCGCCAAACUACUGGAACUGGCAACGUGAAUGAUGGGAACACUAUGGUUAACCGGUUGUUGAAAGAAAAACACCGCCUUGUGUUCAAGGAUGAAAUUUUGUUUCGGGAACGCCUGGUAGAUGGUGCAAAACUAAAACAACUUGUGGUCCCUCGUGCUAUGCGAAAGCGUAUUCUCUGUGGGUUACACGAUGACGUCGGACAUCUUGGCAGAGAUAAAACCAUUGACCUGGUCUGCCAACGUUUCUACUGGCCCGGGAUGACAGCGGACAUUGAAGUCCAUAUUCGUGACUGUCACCGUUGCCUCUUGCGGAAAGCUGCUGACCCUCCACGUGCUCCUCUGGUGCCAAUCUUGGCGUCAGAACCUAUGGAACUCCUAGCUAUCGAUUUUCUGAGUAUUGAAAAGGGGAAGGGAGGAUAUGAAGAUGUGUUGGUCGUGACGGACAGCUUCACAAAAUAUGCUUGGGCCUUUCCGACUAGGAACCAAAAGGCCACAACUGUCGCCAAGGUGUUGUGGGAAAACGUGUUUGUCCACUAUGGCUUACCACGUAGAUUACACUCUGACCAAGGCCGAGAUUUUGAAUCAAGAUUGAUUGGUGACCUUUGCAGGGUUGCUGGUAUCCAGAAGACCAGAACAACGCCAUAUCACCCCCAGGGAAACGGCCAAACGGAGCGGUUCAACAGAACACUGCUCGGCAUGCUUGGAACCCUAAGUGAGGACAAGAAGACCGACUGGCCAAGCUACGUCGCACCAAUGGUUUACGCCUACAACUGCACAAAGCAUGGGUCCACUGGGUACUCGCCAUAUUACCUUAUGUUCGGUCGCCAGCCACGUUUACCUAUCGAUAUCGCACUCGGGUUGGAUCAACUGGACAAGAAGUCUAAACCGUACUCUGCUUACGUUGACAACCUUCGGGCUCAACUGGCUCAUGCGUACGACCUCGCGUCGAAGGCCAUACACGAGCGGGCGGAAGGCAACAAGAAGAAUUACGACCAGUACACCAAAGAAAGUUUCCUUGAAGUGGGCGACCAUGUGUUGGUUCGGAACUUGAGCACGAGAGGCAAACACAAGCUGCAAGACCGAUGGGAAGCGAUGCCAUGUGUGGUUGUUCGAAAAAUUGGAAAAUUACCUGUUUAUGCGGUUAAACCGGUAGAUGGUGGGAGGGAGAGAGUACUGCAUCGAAACCUACUGCUUCCAUACAGAAUCCCCAGGAGUUCACCCUCACCAAAGCAGAAGAAACUUCCAUAUUUACGUCAAAGACCUGCGGCAGCAGAAUGUGAGAGUGACGUUGUUACAGAAGAAAGUGAUACCGAAGAGGAAUUUAUUCCACGCAGUACGACACCCGGCAAUAGAACAACGCUAGAUCCAACUAUGCCAUCGUUCGUUAUGCCAGAAGCCAUUCCGGUAACUGACGAACCAGCACCCGCAAACAACCUGCCCGAAACGGAACCGGCUAUCGAGGAAGAACUAAAUGAAACCCAACAGGAAGAGGUUAACGUUGACGAAAACCAAUCCGUUACGCGAUCAGGGAGAAUAUCGAAGCCCCCGGAACGAUUGGGCGUUCAACCGGUGUGGAGCAAUAAGGUGGCAGUCCUUUUGUCACUGGUAAACGAUAACAACAGAUCUAGCGUAGAGAUCAAUGCCAUCUCAACGUCAGACGUAUAAUAUUUGAAGAUUUAUUAUAUUUUAAUGAACUUCGGGACGAAGUUUCACGUGAGGGGGGAAUAUGUAGCGGAUUGACUAAUAAGUUAAUUAGUAAUAGGCGUUUAUUUUGACAUAUUUAGGAAGUGACAUAUGAUUGACACUAGAUUGGUUAUUGUUUUGACGAGACGGCGUUUGUAUAUAUUUUAUUAAACGAGGGUUCUUUAUAGCGAAGCAAAUUCGCUAUUGUAAAUUACAGAUUACAUAAAACGAAACUGUGUGCGACUCAUUUAAUUUUGUGUAGUUGCCAAACACUUUGUGAGGCACUCUGCUACAUAGGCAUGCCCGUCAGGAAUAUACUGUAUUCUAUGCAAAUCCCAUAUAUUUUCUGAUAAAGCUUCGAAGUUCUCAUUGUUCACAGGGCUCAUUGUUCUUCCCAAGCAAUACAAUCACAAUAUUUUUGAUGCGGAAUUUA